AUGGGCUUCUUCGACAAUCUGCUGCUUAACCUGGAUGCGAGUGUCACCGGGCUCUUCGGACAAUGGAACAUUUGGACUAGUCUUCUCGCCACAGCCCUCGUGGGCUUCCUCACAUACCAAGUGGCUACGCGGCAAGACCCGGACACGCACCCUUUCCUGCUCGCCCGCCAAGCUCAGGGCACGGCCGUUCGUCAGCCCGGCGAGUCGCCCGUCUACCGGUCACAGGCCGCUCCUCAUGGCAUGCUGCUUAAUGCCGGGUUGAAUGUGAAGGAUCCGGGUGCGUCCAAGUGGUCGAGGGGACGUGACGGCGAUCUACGCGAUGUGUGGCGCCAGGCUGUUGCCGGUGUUCAGGAGCCUGGCCCAACCAAAGGUGCUAAGGGCCGCAUCCUUACCGUGCUCGGCGCCGAAAAGAUUGUUGAGCACAAUCUGGACGACAUAACUCGCCAGAUCAACCUCAUCGGCCAGCAUAUUGCUGAUCAAGGGGGCAACCGCGUGGCCAUCUACCUCCCAAACUCGGUUGAGCUUCUUGCGACGCUUUUCGCCUGCGCCUUUUAUAACCUCACGGCCGUGAUUCUGCCCUUCGACCAGCCUGACGAUGCCGUCAUCUCCAUGCUCCGCCGGUCUGCCACCGACACCGUCGUGACCGCUCCAGGAUCGUUCCCCUUCGACGCUGUGGUGAAGAACUAUCCUUCUUUGCGCCAGCUGAUCUGGGUCGUCGACGAGGGCAGCAAGCACAUGGAUUGGAACGAGGUUCCGCAGGGCACCGGCGGCAGCGUCAACGUGUCCACCUGGCAGGACAUUGUCAACGACGCGCCCCUGGACGCUGGCAAGACUCUGCCUCCUCUCGAAGGGCAAAAGGAGCCCCGCGACGUCACCGUCUUCUGGCAGUCCAAACCAGGCCAGCAGGAGGAAAUGGUCCGCUUCACAGCCGGUAACUUCGUCUCGGCCAUCGCCGCUCAGAUCUUUGCCAUCCCGACCUCGCAACGGAUGGGGCCUUCGGAUCUCUUCCUCCCCGCCGACUCCCUGGCAAAUUCACACACCCUCGUGCUCACCCUUGCCGCCCUCUUCUCCAACGCCUCGGUCGCCUUCAACUCAGUCGCCUCGCAAGCCGACGACCUAGCCACGGCAACCGGCGGCAUCGCGCCGACCAUCCUCGUCGCCACCCCCGCCGCCCUCCUCAAACUGCACACCGAAUCUAAGCCCGCGCUGUCCUCCUUCAUCGGGAGCAAACUGCACUGGCUGCAAACGCGGAGCCUCACGCAAAAGGGCAUGAUGCCCGCCGCGGGGGGUUUACUGUCAAGCUACUACGACCGCACCGUGCGCCCGGCCCUCGGCACCACCACCACCACCACCACCCCAAACAAGAAGAAGCUGCGGCUGAUCGUGACGGCCGAGCGGGUCGGCGCCGACACGCCCAAGCUCUCGUCGGCCGUCUUGUCAGACCUGCGCGCCCUCACCGGCGCGCGCAUCAUGUACGCGCUGACGGCCGCCAAAGUCGCCGGCGCGGUGACACAGACCAAUUUCUACGACUACCGCGUGUUUGACGACAAGUGCUCGCACUUUGGUCCGCCCCUGACGAGCACGGAGGUGCUGUUUAGGGAUACCGAGCAGUACAAGACAAGUGAUAACAUCAGUCAGGGAGAGAUUAUUGUUAGAGGUCCUUGUGUGGCUGGGAUGGAGGCGGCGUUGGGCGUGGCGGGCAAGAUGAGGGAGGACAACACCCUCGCCUAUGUCUGA